GAAGGACAGUCAUGCCGCAAAUCAGAAACAAGCUGUUACGUGGCUUGUACGCAGAGGCAGAAUUUGACAGAGAACAUGAUGAAGUGAAUGAGAUAGAAGCAGCCGUAAGGCACCUGGUUAACGAAAUCGCGGGGACAAUCAGCGAGAAAGAGCCACUUUUCAAUAAUACAGUACUGCAGAGUGGAAGCUUUUAUGAAGACCUCAAAGUUGAGGGACCCAAUGAGUUUGAUUUUAUGAUUUGCUUGGAGAAUUUGUCGCAACCUGACGUAUGUGAGGUGAAGGAGAUUCCGUUUCGAUCAGUUCGGGAUCCAGGAUAUGUUCAUGUUCAAGUGAAAGACUCGGACUUGCGACGUCGAUGGCAGAGAUACAUCUCAAAGAAAGAGAACCUAAAACCUAAACCUAUGCUGGAAAAGUUUCAAGCUCUGGUUAACGAUGCACUUGUGGAGAAAAGAGAGCAUUUUCAUGAGAAGCUAUUGACAAAUUUUGAGGUAGAGCUAAGAAAAAUCCCUGUAACAUUGAAACUCGUCUGGAAUGGAACUAAAUACCAGAACUAUGAAAUAUCGGUGGAUUUAGUCCUAUGCAUCAGGAUGGCAGGAUGGCCGAACGAUUCCGAUGUGAACAAACGGUAUAACAGAUCUCAUCCCAGUUACGAGAUGAUUCGAAAUGCAACUCAAGACGGGUAUCAUCUCAUUGCGUCUUGCAUCGGAGAAUCAGGAAAACCCAGGCCUUGCUGGCGCUUAUCGUUUUCGAGAGCUGAGGGUAUUUUGCUACAAUACCUCAGCGAAAUGUCACCACUCCUCGUACACAAGACAGCGGUCAAAAUCUUGAAAGUUCUGCGAAAGAAAAAUGAGUCUGAGCUCUGUCUUUACGAGGUGGAUCUGGAUUUCAGUGAUCCUGAUGUUGUUUUAGAAUAUUUACGAGUACCCGAAAGUUCGUAUGUAAUCACCUGGGCUUUCCAUUCAUACAUCUUGAAGACAAUGUUUCUACACGAAUGGUUUGAGUACCCCGAAGAUUCUCAUUGGACCCAAGACAAACUUGCUCGACGAAUCCACAGUAUUCUAGAAAGAAUUUUCAAAAGUCUUUCAAAGAAGGAUAUUAGAAGCUUUUGGUUGCCGGAGUACAAACUAUUUAACUUUCGGGCAAGGCGACCAACCCGAACGAAGGCAUGCGAAGACAAACUUUCUUCACUGAUAACGAAUUUCGCAGCCCUCACAAUUUCAAAAAGCUAGUUUCCCAUGCAAUCAAUACAGCAAUUAAAUUUUUAUGCAUUUUUUCAAAAUUUCGCAGUGGAAAUAAUCGAAAGAGACGAAAAAUAAUUGGAAAUGUAACCCCAAAGAUCUCCUUCGAAAAAGCAUUGGUCCUGUUGUUGUUUUGAUUUUCAAGUAAUAUUAAUGAUUUGCUCUGCACAUAAUCAGUAUAAUUAUUCUCAAGAUUACCCAGUUUAAGAUACUCGAUUUUAUUAUAACACCAGGUUAAUAACUUAGUGCCUGAUUUUUUAAGUGGGUCUAUAAAAGAAACUUUUUUGUUAGCAGUGGCUUACGUGCAGCAAGCCUGGGUACUAAAUAACAAAUCGAUCGCAAGUCAGACAUUUUCGUUGGUUUUCCGGUUGCUAAUUUAUUAGAAAGUACGCAGGAAUCGAAACCAUCAACAGUUAAGGAAAGACCUUUCAGUUUCUGAGAAAGACACCUUGUCGCGAAUGCUUUGUUUGAAUGAAAAACAGUUUGAAAAAUAUAGCGUUGUCAUAAUAACGAUUUUGUCAUUCAGCUGUUUGGAUGUUGUCAAACUUGCUCGACGAAGACUGCCCUAGUCUAAGACAUUUCAUCUUACUAUAACGCCAGGCUUAUAGUUUUAAGUCGGAAUUUCCAAGUUAGUCUCUAAAAACCUCAGAAAUUUAUUGCAAGGGUGAAUUACGUCGCCGAUCACAACAAUUAAAAUAGACUGGAAGUCGAGUCAUUUUGCAUUGUUUGAUUUCAAGGUUAUAAGGUUGUAGACAGGAAUCAAAACUAGCGGGGAAAAAACCUUUAAGUUUCGAAAGUCGCCCUGUCGGGAACGCUUUGUUUGAAUAAAGGGAAUUAUUAUAUG